AUGAUAUGCACCCAGUGCCCGUUCACUUCGUCCAUGGUGAUACUCGCAAGGUCGCUGCAGGGUUGUUUGGCUGGAGAGACAACGACGGGUAGCAAGAGCGACCAGCGGGGAAUAGGACCUGGUAGCGGUGGUAAUGGCGUGGACGGUUGUGCAUCCAUUAUUGUUUUGGAGUGCCCCGAGGUGUUUCAUUGCCAGCUCGUUGCUGAACGGUCCUAA